ACGAGCCAUUUUCUAAAUAUUUUCUCUGGCGUGUAUGUUUACAACUGAAAAGUGGCUACAACGCUUCGCUUUAGUGCAGGAUGAGCUUACGAAGUCCUCAAUGUACACUACCCAUAAAACUGAGCAUCUUGGGACUGACCCUUUUAAUCACCAUUCUAUGGGUAUUACUGCUGGAUCUAGGAGGGUGGAGGUCUGCCAGUUACUGGUAUCAAGAUCUUUCUUUAAAGCCAGGAUAUAGAGGCAGUGUGGGUAGGAAUUACAGUAGCAUCUGGCAUUUUCAGAUGUAUACCUCUAUACCACCUUUUGAAAGGGCUUUAGCGUUAUCUGGAGAUGCCAGAUGUCCCUCUGGGUUCUACAGCAUGGAGGAGCUCAGGCCUCGCAUAGAGAGACCUCAGGAGGAUCCAGAAGGACCUGGAGCUGAUGGAAAGCCCUUCGUCACUGGCAUCUUGACACCUGCAGAGCUGAGGGAGAAGCAGGAGGGCCUUUCUAGAAACGGCUUCAACCAGUUUGCCAGUGACCGCAUCUCCUUCCACCGCAGUCUUGGUGUCGACACGCGGCCCCUCGAAUGCAUUGAGCAGACGUUCAGCAGAUGUCCAUGGUUACCCACUACCAGUGUGAUCAUUGUGUUCCACAAUGAGGCAUGGUCCACUCUUCUCCGCACCAUCUUCAGUGUCUUACACACUUCACCGGCUGUUUUACUUAAAGAAAUCAUACUGGUGGAUGAUGCAAGUACUCAAGAUCAUCUCAAAGCCCCAUUAGAGCAGUAUGUCCAGUCUCCGAGAGAGAGACGAGGCAGCGCAGAUCCGUCUCAUAACUGUGAGGAUAUAAGGGAGAAACAUAAGGGAGAGAAUGGUGAGUGUUUCUAUGGUUGGUUGGAGCCCCUGUUGGCCCGGUUAGUUCAGGAACCUACCACAGUUGUGAGCCCAAGCAUUGCUGUCAUCAACAAGAAUGAUCUACAGUUCAUUAAGCCAGUGAUGUCAGGCCGCACACAUACUCGUGGGAACUUUGACUGGAUCCUGAGCUUUGGCUGGGAGACUAUACCUGAAGAAGAGAGGGUGAAACGCAAAGACGAAACCUAUCCUGUCAGGACACCCACUAUUGCCGGUGGGCUUUUUGCCAUUUACAAGCAGUUCUUUGAACACGUUGGAACUUAUGAUGACAAGAUGGAGUUUUGGGGAGCAGAGAACAUAGAAAUGUCAUUUAGGGUAUGGCUGUGUGGAGGUAGUCUAGAGAUCAUUCCCUGUUCUGUGGUCGGCCACAUCUUUCGCACCAAAAGUCCACAUUCCUUCCCAAAAAGCAUAGAUGUGAUCGCAAUCAACCAGGUUCGCCUCGCAGAAGUCUGGAUGGAUGAUUACAAGAAGAUUUUCUACAACAGAAAUAAAAAGGCUGCUGCCAUUGCAGUGGAGAAAUCAUAUGGGGACAUCAGUGAGCGCCUGAAGCUCAAAGAGAGGCUGCAUUGCAAAAAUUUCUCCUGGUAUCUAGAAAACAUUUUCACUGAGGCCUUUGUGCCCGAUUUGAACCCUGUGCUGUUUGGAUCGUUGAAGAACAUUGCCACAAACACUUGUCUUGAUAUUGGUGAGAAAAAUCCUGGAGGGAAGUCAGUGGUUUUAUUCAUUUGCCACAACAUGGGAAUAAAUCAGUAUUUUGAGUACACAUCACAUCAGGAGCUGAGGCAUAAUAUUGAUAAGCAGCUGUGUCUGCAUGCGACGAUCGAGCCUGAACCCGUGCAAGUGGAGCUGUGCAACUUUCAGGGCGAAGGAACCGUCCCUGCUCCACAGCAGACAUGGAGUUUGAUUCUUGUUUCCCAACAGAUAUAUCUUCUCCAUAAUGCUCUCUUUAGUAAGUGUUUAAUGGUGGAGUAUGGCAACAUCAUCAUGAAAAACUGUGACCCUGCCAACAAUUCUCAGCACUGGUCUUUCAUCUGAUAUGAAGUCAAAAGGGGCUCAUCCUCCAUCAGAUUCUUUUAUUCUUUUUUUUUUCUUUUUUUGGAGUAUUGUACAAAACAGAAGUGCAAUGAAUAUUUAAACAAAUGUUUCAUCACUGUUUUGCUCUAAUGUAAGUUUGUGCAAUGUAUCAGGAGUUAUUACUUAUUUGAUUUAUAAAUCUGUCAAAUGAAAUGGAACUGAUUAAAUUAAACCUAACAAUUGUGUUUCUCGCAUUGAACGCUGAUUAGUUUGUAGCAUUUGACCAUUGUAUUUAUUAAAUGAAUGCUGAUGAUGAAUUAAUGUCUUUUUGUAAGCAACGUGUGCAAUGACUGGAUGUACUUUUGCAGUAAAUUUAAGGGUUUAGCUAUCUCUGAGUCAGGCGAAG